ACCUGAUGUUGAUGAUAAGCGGCACUUCGGUGUGAGACCAGAGAGUUCAUGGCGGCCAAAAUGAACAACUCUGACAGUCGUGGUACUCAGUAUGGCAGGAAGAAGACGGUAGACCCUAACCCUAACCCUCUGUUCUUACAGUGGCUUACUGAGUGGCGAGAUGAAGCUGUGGCAAAAGAACGUACUAGGCUGCAGUUCACGUACCAGAAGGCAAUCAAGUCUCUGCAGAAGUAUCCGUUACCACUGCGGUCUGGAAAGGAGGCAAAGAUAUUGGAUUUCUUUGGUGACAAAAUUUGCAAAAUGUUGGAUGACAAGCUUGCCAAACACAUCCAAGAGAAUGGCCCUUUGGCAGAAGUUGAAGACACCCACCUUCCCAGUACCAGCAGCACUAACACAGGAGUAAUACAGGGUUCCCUAUGUGUCCCCCCGCGCCCUGGUGGUAAUGGCAACAGCCAAGGUUCCAGUGGGGAACCAAGACCAAAGAAGAGAAAGAAAGCUGGAGGUACAAAGGAGUAUGUACCAGCCUUCAGAUCUGGACCCUAUGCACUUCUGGUCACUCUCUAUAGGAACAUGCAGAAUCCCAACAGCAGAGGGUUUAUGGGAAGAGCAGAGCUACAGAGGGAGGCCCAACCUCUGUGUGACAAGUCAUUUACCCUGCCAGACCCAGGCAGCCACUAUACUGCAUGGUCUUCUAUGGGUGGACUUGUGAAGAAGGGACUGGUCAUCAAGGACAGCAACCCUGCCAAGUAUUAUAUCACAGACACAGGGAGUGAGCUGGCCCAUAAGUUAGAGCUGAUUGGUGAGCAGGGAGUGAGUGGGUCCAGCCCACAGGAUGACAGUGAGGACAUGGCUUUUACCCUGACAGGACCAGGCAAUGCUGCACUGACAGCUGGCCUUAAUGCUGAAAGACCUGAGAGGUGUAUAGAUGUGCCGUCUUUGCCAGCCAUGAGUGUUAGUUCCAACAUAAGGAGAGAUGUUGGUCAGGCUGCCAGCGAAGCUGUCAUAUCUGAGAUGGACACUGACGAUUCUCAAGAAAGUGUAACAUGUAGAUCUAAGCAGCCCUUGUUCACCCUCUAUCCAGGUGAAUUUGAAGUGGUGCUGUGUGUGGACACUCAGGAGACCACAGGAGGUGCUGCAGGCAGCAGGAAGGUUAACCUGGUCCCAGAGCUGCUGAAGAACAGUGUGAGAUGUGAUGUGAGGAAUCUGCACGUUGGAGACUUCCUCUGGGUGGCUCGGGAGAAAGUCAGACCUCUUCCAGGCCAACUCCAUCCACCCGUACCCAGAGAGCUGGUGCUAGACUAUGUGGUGGAGCGGAAGAGAAUGGAUGAUCUGGCAAGCAGUGUCAAGGGUAGCCGGUUCAAGGAGCAAAAGUUCCGACUGAAGAUGAGUGGACUGAGGAAACCCAUCUACCUGGUGGAAGACUUUGGCUCCUCUGCACAACACUUCUGUCUUCCUGAAGCUACUCUGCAACAAGCAAUAGUUAACACCCAGGUGAACGAUGGUUUCUUUGUGAAGAGGACAUCAGACAUGAAGGGAUCUGUCACCUACCUCACACUGAUGACUCAUUAUCUGCAGAGCCACUAUGCUGGGAAGACCCUUGAAGGCUACAGCCAAGAAGACUUACAGGACCAGUCGUCAGACCUGAAGCUUGAUGCCAGUGUGAUCAAACUGCUGACUUUUCCAGAAUUCAAUGAGACAUCAGUUAAGAACAGGGUGAUGACUGUAAAGGAGAUGUUUGCCAAGCAGCUGAUGCAGUUCCAUGGCAUGUCCAAGGAGAAAGUGGCAGCAGUGGUCAACACAUACCCUACUCCUGUGGCGUACGUAUUUGUGUAUGAUUAG